GAGCAAAUGAACGACAUCGAUUUAGUGAUUGAAGCCCGAGAUGCACGAUUACCCGUAUCAAGUCGGAAUCCAUUACUGGAAGAGGCGGUGGGUGCUAGGCCACGGCUCAUUGUGUACAACAAGAAAGAUCUAGCUGGAGAUGCACUUGACGAGAAGAUGAUCCGCUCAUACCAACCCAGACAAAAGGUCAUGUUCACACACUCAAAGAACACAAACAACAUGAAGCAAGUCAUCCGUUUUAUCAAGGAAGUUGCAAAAGAUAUUGAUAGGCCCAUUGGUACUCGUGCGCUUGUUGUUGGCAUGCCGAAUGUUGGGAAGAGCACGAUUCUGAAUGCAUUACGGCACGCAGGUGUGAGGAAGGGAAAGGCCGCAAGGACAGGUAACAUGCCUGGUGUGACCAGAAAGGUUGCUGGAAGUGUUAAGAUCCUUGAGGAUCCGGUAGUCUUCCUCAUUGAUACGCCAGGUGUUAUGAUUCCGUUUGUACCAAAUCCACUGACAAUGCUCAAGCUUGCACUUGCUGGGUGUAUCAAACAGGACGUCAUUUCGUCAGUGACCAUAGUCGACUAUCUCCUCUUCCACCUGAAUCGACAACCAACACCUCCAUAUGUCGAAUUCUUCAAAAUGAAAGAACCAACAAAUGACGUGGACACGUUCAUCAACCAUGUUGCAAAGCACUCGGGUCGUCUUCUCGCCGGUGGUGUCCCUGACGUGGAAAACACCGCCCUCCACCUCAUUGACAGAUAUCGGGAAGGAAAGUUUGGAGUUAUGGUGCUUGAUGAUCAAGAUGCCGACGCAUGGAAGCGAAGAAUAGAGGAGGAGGAGGGUGUUAUGAGUCGUGGGCAGCAACAGAAGGUGAUCAAGGCGGAGUGGAAGGCGAAGAGAGAAAAUAAAUAUGUGGCGAAAUAUGGGAAGAAGCCCUGACGAAUUCGAAUCGCGGUGUGGGGAUACCAACUACCCGAAGAAUUUAGGUUGCUCGUGCGAAAUUUUGGAGGCCAC